CUUCUACGUGAGGAAGAGCAUAGCAAAGACGAUCGACGCGAUUCGGGGCGUACGAUAAAAAAGGAACGUUUCAGAAAAAAGGGAACACUGAGACGUACGGGGAGAGUUGAGACGUCUGUGCCUGUUGCACUGUUCCAUGGCUGGCAUUGAACAAGCUGGAUCUUCAGACGACAUGAGAACGUACGUCUUUGGCCAGCACAUCAUUAAAGCGACACAGGUGUUCUUCAAGACACCGUUGUCCUUUGGCAUCGUCAACCGAAUGCCAGUGCAACCAGGCCAUGUCUUGGUAUGCCCCUUGCGCAAAGUGGAGCGAUUUCGUGACAUGACGUCGGACGAAGUGAGCGAUAUGUUCCUGUCAGUGCACACCAUAGCAAAGGCCCUGGAAGUCCAUUACGAGGUCACUGCCAUGUCUGUCGGACUGCAGGAUGGAGCAGAUGCUGGACAGUCAGUAAAGCACGUGCACAUUCACAUCGUGCCAAGAAGAAAGGGCGAUUUUAAAAACAACGAUGACAUCUACCCACUCCUGGAAAAGAACGACCACGUGGCCUUUGAUGCCUCAAGUACGAGGGAACGGAGGACGGAAGAAGACAUGUUUGAAGAGGCAAUACGACUGCGGAAGCUCUUCCCUGAAAUGUACACCAAGGACCUCUGACAUUCAGGUCGUGACCUUCCGGUAGAUGCACUCCUGUGCAGACAGAUCCAUUAUCUCCCCAAUCUGACGCAGGCCAAGGCAACUUCAGAAUUUAUGUCGCAACCGUUGGUACCCAGCCUGACCUCCCUUCUUUGCUGUGUCAUGUGAAAAGACACCAGUAGGCGACUCAGUCACUAUGUUACACCCCUCAUGGUUUGGCGCGCUCCUUCACUAUUGCAUCGUAUAUCCAUGGACAAGUGCUGCUGGAAGCAAAAAUGAUACUCUCUUGCCAAGGAGUCUCGGAUCUGGAAGGACAUAACAACACAAGUGGAUUAUGCCCUCGACUCGUGUGCUCUUUGAUGCAAUAAGCUUGGCUUUGCCAAAGCGUGACUGAAGUGGUAAAAACUCCUUGUGAAUGAAUUCAUGUAUUGUCUUUGACAUGUGUAGAUCUUUUCAUGUUGGUAAAUUUCAGGCAUAUGAUGACUGUACAUUAAGAAGGCCCCCAGCAAUGGCGGGAGCACCGUGGAUAGUAUACAAUGUUGAUGAGUGCAGUCAUGAGAAUAAUUUCAUGGUGUGACAGGUGUGACAAGGCUAAGCCAAGUGGAAUGGAAUAUACCAUUUGUUAAAGAAUGAAAUAUUUGUUUCCAUUCCACGAAUGUAAACCAUUCUUAUUUGUUAUAUGUAGUGCCUGCAUAAAUCCCUGUAUCACCCUCCAGUCUAGAGAUUUAGUAUGAAAGGGCUAAAAUGGAACUACCAUUUCUAGGUGGAAUGGAACUUCUGGGUAUGUUGUACAGCCUUGUCAUGUGUUCAAAUUGUUGGAUGGCAUGUGAUUUACAUUUUACUGCAUUGCAUUUUGAUUUAUGACUGACAUACAAAAAAAAUCCAUCAUACAAUGUUUGCAGUGUCACAGUCUGUGUUAAUUUCUCAUGUACGUACUGGCCGUGGCUCACUGGAUCAGUAUAUUCUCCAAGAGCCCCCAAGUUGUUCGGAUGAGCACUUCACACCCGAGGACAUGUCAACGCGAUCUGUGUACACAGACGCAGCUGAUGGGUUAAAACGUUAAAGCGCACCUUGACUUACCUGUACUCCGGCUGACAUCUGAACGUGCUCGUCCUCUGUGUUCUGUUCUCGCAUGCAAAAAUCCAGAAGUCAGUGGAGGUGGGCUGUGUUGAACUUAAACUUGGCUGCUGUUGUAGCAGAUAUUGGUGUGUGGGUGAGCCCUGGAGUGUUGAAAAAUGUGAAGUUGCGAUAAGACAUAUCAGGCAAGUACUGUCCGUGGCGUUUGGCUGCGCGUCAAAACUUGGUCGCAAUAUUUUGCCUCUUAGGCCAAAACUAACACCGUGGGCAAGCGAGUAAAGCAUCAAUUUUGUCCUGGUUUGAAUUUCUGUAGAGAAUACAAGGGGAAUUUUAUUGUGAAGCUGUUAGGUGUCCAAAGUCACUCAGCAGUAAAAGAUUUUGCUGAGUAAAAGAGAACAGGUCUCUGGCCAAAUUGUCCUGCAGUAUUCGGGAGUAGUGAUUGGUGUGCAGGUUGCAGAUUUGCUUCUUGGUAUUUCCUGAUGAGAGAAGCCUCACAAAUGGGGGGGGACAGGAUUUGAUUUUUAAAAAUACAGAACAAAAAUAGCCUAAAACAAAGCUGUUUUCUUUCCAGCACAGGCACGAGGAUGCAUUUCCGGUCGUGGUUUUCAUGGCAGAUUUAUUGCUCCAAAGACACAGGAAACGAAAGGGCAUGUACAUUGCCAGAUGCAACCACUCAUUGGUUCAGACAUCCUUUUAAUAGCUCUGUGCUGUACAGAACAUGUUUUUCAUGGCCGGAAGCCAGUAUUUCAACCACCUCAGAUUUGUUCCCAGAAAUUUCUCUGACACUUAAGUUUUUGCAAAUCAACAUAUGUCAGUGCAACUUACCAGAUAUGAUAUGCACAAGAGAAUUCUGCACCUUUGUGUGGUCAUUGACUCUUGCUUGGCAAUUGACCAGUUCCUGAGAGUAAUUGACGCUGAAUGGCUUGUUGAAAGCUUUGUAUGUCUUAGUUAUUCCCGUAGUUCGCACUUUAACACGUUCAGUCGUGAUCUCAUGCAGCGACCGAAUACGGUCGAGUUUCCACACGUCGCCUCAAACCACGUGCAUAAGGAGAUCAGCUUCCCCCGGCUUCUCGUAUCAAAUUCAUCUUACCUUUCCCCUGUUGAAUUUCAUUCCCACUGCAAGUGGACCCUUGUAAAUGCCCUGCACAUCGUGAGACAGGGAGGUACAUGUAUCUGUUUCUCCAGUCUUUUUAUGGAGUGUACCAAACAAAAAUAUUUACAUGUCUGCGACAUGCCAUAGUCUUUACCUGUUGAGUCAGUGUACGGUUUGUUGGUAGAAGUUGCUCGGUAAAAAUGAACUUUUCUGGUGGGAAUGUCAACUGAGCAUUUGCAAUGUGGUUCCUGUUUUUACAGUUCUUUUGAAUCCUGGAACUAGUCGCAAUAUGUGUUCACUCAUACCGGUAUUUUAAAGUCCUCCUUUGCUCGUUGCGCAAAUUUGAUGUUCUUCUUCACACGCUGAGUACAGAACCAGUGCUUACUUGGUGCACAUGCAUCAAUAUUUGAAAUUUCUACGGGAUGAAUAAUAUACGAUGUGCCAUCAGGAAGUUGAGCCAGGAAUCAGUGUGCGACAGUUCUGCUUUCUAGAGCGACAUGUGUGUCAAAGACAAUUGAGGCAGCACAUUCAUUUUACCCCAGUGCCUGAGGGGACUGUAUUUUGUAUUACUGGCCAGUGGGCUGUAUAAAAAUUUUACUUUUGCUGAAGCUUGCAACAUUUUCUGCUCCUUUUAUCUUGUUGCUUUUUUGUGUCACCAUUGCAACUUGCGCACAAAAACUGUGAAGUCUUGUACUGUACGCGUCACUAAGCUUGUUAUAAACUUGUUUUAUUUGACAACCAUCCUUUUUUUCAGAAUUUUUUCCCUUUUCAUCUGAUGAGGGAAUAAAAUUUAAUCUUUUUUAAUGUGCUUCAUUACACUAUUUUUUUUAAAUUCAGGAUAACAAAGUGCAUGUCUGUGAAGGAAAAGGCUGUAUGGCCUGAGAAUACCGAUAUUGUCAAAAUAUUUAUUGUACAGUGUAUACCCAUUGCUUUGUGGGAAAAAUGUGAUGGAUGCAUUGUAGAGUUAAUGCACAGCAUGAUUAUAAAUGUUUUAUGGAACAUAACAGGUCUAGAAAUUUUGGGGGUUUGUUUGUUUACUGUAGUUUUUGUUCAAACGGUUUCGUAUUUUUCAAACUGCUGCCAUGGUAACUUCAACAUUUAGUGGAUGUCAUUGAGAAAACAAAGAAAAGUUUAAGCUGCUGACACUCUAAGUUCCGCGAUAAUGACUAGGCUUUUGGAAGCGAUUUGUUUAAACUUGUUUUUUUUUCUAAAAUUUUCUUCAAUCUUAUGGCAACCAUUAGUGGAUAUCGGUGAGCAUAUUCAGGGAACAAAUAUGUGCUUGGCCAGUCAUAAAUGUGUGUUAAAGACCGACUCAGGAGAAUGGAUGAGGGCAUUAUCAGCAUUUAUAUGGCCACAUAUUGUGCCAAGUUACAUGUAUUUGGGGGGGGGAGUCACACAGGAUAAAUACUGUUCAUCAGUUCACUUACCAUGUGUAGUCAAGAAGUUUGGCUCCAAAUUAUCAGGUGUGAAUCCAGAGGUUAGUUUUCCCACAAAAUUAGAUCAUUAAGACACUCAUUUAGAUACAAGA